AUACCAGAGAGGGUUUCUAAAACUGGGACACCGCGAACACGCUUUGAGCCGACAACGUGGAUUGACCGGUAUUGCGUUAGCAGGCUUUCGGAGGGAUUGACCAUGAGUGACUCUCUCCACGGAAAAGUGGCCCUGGUUACGGGUGGAGCUAUGGGUCUCGGAAAAGCAAUCACGGAACAUCUUCUCCAGCAAGGCUGUCGGGUUGCGUUCAUCGAUUUAAAUGAAUCUGCUGGAAUCGACACCGAGCGUGGUUUGAGAGCAACAUUUGGAGAGGACCGUGUCAUAUUUAUGAAAUGUGACAUAACUAACGAUGAAGCUUUCGAAGAUUGUUUUGUCCGAGCGAAGAAGAAGUUUGGACGACUGGACAUUGUGGUGAACAAUGCCGGUUUCGCCGGUGAGGAAAGUUGGAGAAAGAUAUUUGAGAUCAACACGAUGGCGGUAUACUUCGGGACACUCCUGGCACUAAAAUACAUGGGAAAAGACCGAGGCGGAGAAGGAGGCUACGUAAUCAACAUUGCGUCCAUUGCUGGCUUGAUCGUCUGCCCUCCCAUUCCGGCAUAUAAUGCAUCCAAAUAUGGAGUCAUAGGACUCACAAGAGCAUUCGGGACCGAUCUGUACUACACCCGCACGGGGGUAAAGGUGAGCUGUCUGUGCCCGGAGCCCAUCGAGACGGCCAUGUGGCGUGGAAUAACAACCUUCUGCCAGGAGAUUGCCCUGAACACGCCUUACAUCACCGGGAACUACAGCAGUGGGGUGCAGAGGCCUGAGAAUGUCGCCAAGGGAGUGAUUAAGCUCAUCGAAGAUGGCGUCAACGGCGCGGCACUGCUUUCUCUUUACGACGAGGGACUGGUGUACCACGAAUUCUCGAACGUCCGAUGAUUCUUCCUAUCACUGGUCGCGACUGUGAUCGACAACCUGUUAAAUGCAUCAUUCUAACCAUCUAGUCAAUAGACCCUCGCUGUAUUUUCAUGACAAUACUAAUCACUGAGAUUAAGGCAGUUGCCUCUGGUACAAACUUGUAAAUUUUGUAACACAAAAGGUUGCUCUUGUCGAAAGGCAGUUUUGUGUUACGGAUGCCGACAUCCACGGUGUCCUGUCGAUGUCUGCAGUAUGCUUAAACUAGACAUAUCGAGGAAACAGACCGCUGUUUCACUGAAAAUCGGUUGCUAAAAAAUUAAGAAUAUAAUACCCUUUCAAA